UGCUACCCUGGCAAGAUAAUUUCGAUGCAAGAACGAUAUUUAUAAGGACAUACUUGUCCAGUUGCAUCAUGGGAACCACCUCAAGUGCCAAUGCUGAAAAAGCUACAUCGGAUGAAAGUGACCCACUCACAUUAACACCAGAAGAAAGUGACACAGUCCCAGUGACAUCAGAGGAAAGUGACCCAGUAACAGUAACUGCAUCAGAUGAAAAUUGUGUUAAGGAUGCCUCAUGCAGUUCCAAAAACAGGUCCAACAAAGCGCUUGUCAAACACUUUCAAACAUUGAAUGGAGGCGAGGCAAAUUCUAUGCCACACCUCGCACAGAGUUUACAAGGUCCAAAGAGAAUGACACAACUGAAUGAAAAUACCUUUGAUGAAGACAUGCCCAAUACCUUGCCUUUAUCAGGUCAGGAAUGUGAUGGAUGUCUUCCACCUAAUGCAAAGGAGUAUUCCCAAGCACACCUAGAAUACGUCCAUAGGGGUGCUAGGCCAAAACUGCCACAGAAUGUGACAGAAGACAAUAAUGUCUCACUGCCUCAUCUAACCCAUUUUAAUGGGGAUUUUCAAAAAGCUCCUAGUAUUAAUGAGGAUGAAGAGUCUGACACAACUGAUGAAAGGACCAAACUUAAGAAAUGGCGUGAGGCUGGAGCUGUUCUUAAAGAUGUUUUAAAUCAAGUCGGGAUGAAAAUGUCAAACAGUAAAAACAGUUUGGAUGAUAGAGAAAAGGAGGAAGACCCCAUGAAUUUGAUGCUACAAGAUAGUCUAGCUUCUGAGCCAAGAAAGAUUGAGGAAAAGUCUUCAGUUAAUGGUGCUAUGGCCAGAUUCCCUGUUUUGAAAAAUGCUACUGCAGCCAAAGUUUUACAGAAAGUUAGGGAAAGGACUAGGGAAUCACCACCAGAUGGCAAAAAUGGGCAGUUUACAGUAAAAAAUGCUCUCGCUUUAGUGCGGGCCAAAACAAGUCAAGGUUCAAGUGAGGGUAGGACAUCAGACAGCCUGGUGCAUUCAGAUGAGGAAAAUAGAGAUGCCAAUUGGCCAAGCACAGCAGUUAAAAGACAGCAUAAGAGCAAAAAGUCAAUGCCAAAAGGCAGUAAGUCAGAAAGUAGCAUAUUAAAAAUUCCUCCAUCUGUAGAUGGUUUGGUGGGAAACUUAGAUUGCUCCAGUGAAAGUUCAGAUAUUGACAGAGAAAAAUUAGUAGAAAAGAAUCACAAGCUGCUACAUGCAAAGAAAAACAAACUUCCAAGAGUGCCAAAACAUGUGCAAAAGAAAAACAAUGAAAAUCAUUUUUCCCCAUCUUUAAAAACUGCUCAUGAGGCUCCAGUUACCAGUUCAAUGGGUGCUACUACAAAACAGCAUGUUGCUCCUUGUAAAAGUUCUUUUAUUCCAAAUGUAGGUGCUAGUAGGAGUUAUAAUGUUACUCCUAAUUUACAUUCUGGUUCAGAAGUUCUAACUUUUCCAGUAGAAAAGGAGCCUGCGUUACAACAUUCCAAGACUCAGAGAAAAAAGAAGAAACCACUGAAACAUUUAGAAAAAGGAAUUUCCCAAACUUUUAACAAAAGGCACAAAGAGCCACCUGUAGAUCUGAACCAAGUGUCUUCUCUCUGUGGACCUGAUGUUUUGGUUAGUUCCAGUGAAAGUGAUGGUAGACACAAUGACUAUGAAAAUGCUGCUUUGCUUUCUUCUAAGGUGAAAAAGACAAGCAGUAAAAUGAAAACAAAUUAUCUCCAAGACAAGGUGAUGCCAAAGUGUCAUUCCAGAAAUGGGGAAUUUUCCCUAAACAAUCCAAAUUGGAGGCCUGGCCCCAGUAGUCAUGCAACUAGCAAUCAACUUGGCAACUAUCCUAGCAACAUUCAUAGCAACCCCUGGGUGGACACUUUGUAUCAAGAUUGGUGCCUUGAUGAUGUGCCUCCCCUAAUGUCAGACAGUUCAACGUCCGCAUCCAGUGAGAGAGGAGUCCCAGAAUUGAUAGAUAUCUCAUCAGAAGUUGGAAGUGUGAGUAGUUCUUCAGCUUGCAGUAUGCCAGCGUUGACAGAUCACAGCUAUGAAAGCGACAUUACAUCCACACACGCUCAGUGUUCCAGUGAUGUCAGUUUAAACCAACAUGGCAACUUGUCAGGCAGGAUUUCCCCACCGCCUCUAGUCAUUUCAGACAGCAGUUCCACAGAUCUAGAACAGUCAACAUUUAGUGCGGCUAGUUUGUAUAACCCUCCAAUAGAGGACAGCACCAGCAGUGAUAGCACUGAAAAUGAUGCUGAUGAUGAGUUUGAGUGUGAUUGUGCCUCAUGUAGAUUUUCUAGAACACACAGAGAUAGACAGUGGUUGACAGUUGAAGAUGAAACUGAAGAUGAAUACAGAUGGAAUAUCUUGGCAGAAGCAAGAGGAACAGAUUUGGAAGAUGCACUUGAUCCUGGAAUUCCAGUUGAAAUGCCUAGUCCUUUGGAGUGGCUUCUGUUUGGUCAGACAGUACGCAGAGAUAUCCUGGAGGCAAUGUUCCAGAAUGUAAUCCUGCAGAUGUUGUCUGUUCACCCAGAUCUUAUGAAUAACACAGCACCACCUCCAGCAGAUCAGCAGGCCAUUAAUAAUCUACCUCAAGUAGAUAUAAGCCAGGAUCUCAUAGAGAAUGAGUCCCAGUGUCCCAUUUGUUUAAACAAUUACAACUGCAGGGAAAAGGCCUCACAGCUUCCUUGCUUGCAUAUCUUCCAUCCACUUUGUAUUCAAGCCUGGUUGAUCAAGUCUGGGACAUGUCCAGUGUGUCGUCAUGUGCUGUAACAGAGUGUAGUCUUCCAGGAUACAGGAAGAUUCAGAGUUUGUGUCCUGCUAUGCUUUUGUUUACAUUGAUCAAUGUUGGCAUCAUUUCAGUAUGAAUAUUACCCCAAACGCACAUGCUAUAUUGCACUAUAUCAUUAUGGAUCAAAAAAAAUUACAUAACUUUUUUUUAUUUAUUCAGUUAUUGAUAUUGAGAUAUGCUAUCAUGGUCGAAAUUGUUUAAACAGAAAUUGUGAUUAUAACGAUAACGCAACGACAACACGUUCUUUCUCAACUUGUAUUGUCACACCUAACACAUUUCACACUGGAGCUCGCUGUUGCUAUUUUGUCAAAGAAGGAAAAAUAGAUGAAAAAAUUAACGUAAAUAUAUGUUUCAGUUGCAUAUAACGUCUGCCUCGAUGUUGUUCUGUGUUCAAU